AAUCUGCUUCAGUGAAUCGGGAGAUGCAAAAAGGGAGAGCAGAUGAAAACAUAAACGGAGAAGAAUUGCUAACGCUGCUGUUACUGACAAUGUAGCCGGCUGCAAUGAAACUGUUUAAUGCGUAACGUUAGCGAGUCAUUUAGCAUUUUACAGACACAGAGCGCUAUUUGGGCUGGCUAGAUGGCUGCUUCCCUCGCUAGUUAGAUCUGGUUAGUCGGCGAGCUGUUCAGCUAAGCUAGUUUCCCGUAGUUUAUGUCAAACGUGUCUAAUAUAGCGCCAUGGAGACCAAUUUACAGAAGAGACGGGAAACUAAAUCCCUCCGUGUGAAAGUCAUCAGCUUGGGAAAUGCAGAGGUGGGAAAGAGUUGCAUUAUUAAACGGUACUGUGAAAAGAGGUUCGUACCUAAAUACCUCGCCACAAUCGGCAUAGACUACGGUGUUACAAAAGUUCAAGUUCGGGACCGUGAAAUGAAAGUCAAUAUUUUUGACAUGGCAGGGCAUCCCUUCUUUUAUGAGGUACGGAAUGAGUUUUACAAGGACUCCCAGGGAGUCAUCCUGGUGUACGACGUGGGGCUGAAGGAGAGCUUUGACUCCCUGGACGGCUGGCUGGAUGAAAUGAAGCAGGAGAUUGGCUCUCAAACGAACAUGGAGAACAUCGUCUUUGUAGUGUGCGCUAAUAAGGUGGAUCUGGCAAAGCGACGAGUGGUGGAUGAGAGCGAGGGCCGACUGUGGGCAGAGAGCAGGGGAUUCUUCUACUUCGAGACCUCAGCACAGAGUGGAGAGGGGAUCAAUGAAAUGUUUCAGGCCUUCUUUUCUUCUAUCACAGACAUGUGUGAGAACGGGGGCAAACGGCCCAUAAUAGAGCCCAGCCUGGGCUUCACCAGAGAGCAAGUUGACACCAUCCGCAGGAUCCGUAGUAGCAAAGACAGCUGGGAUAUGCUUGGGGUCAAGCCCGGUGCCACCAAGUGAGUAAGAGGCCAGGGAAGGGCGAGUUACG